AUGUCUCUGGGGCGACUCCUCCGACGUGCCUCUUCAAAAGCUUCUGACCUCCUGACCUUGAAUCCUGGUGGUGGCAGCAGUUCCGCUUCCAUACUUGAUGGGGAGAUUAUCUACUCCAAGAACAAUGUCUGCGUCCAUCCACCUGAGCUGCUGCAAGGCAUCGGGGAGCACCAUCCAGGCUAUUUGUGCUUGUACAUGGAGAAAGAUGAGCUUCUUGGAACCACACUUAUCCUGGCCUGGGUGCCAAACUCCCGCAUUCAGAGGCAGGAUGAGGAAGCCCUGCGCUACAUCACUCCUGAGAGCUCCCCUGUCCGGAAAGCUCCCCGCAAACGCGGCCGCCACGCUCAGGGCUUCGGCGUUGUCCGCCCGCCUUCCCCCACCGAGCAGAGAGGGGCAGUCAUCCUGCGAGGAGAAGACGUCUUGACCGUGUCACAGCUUGGGAAAGAUGUGGCGUACAUCAGCUCCCCCUCUUCGGAAGGGGAGAAGCUCUCCCAGUGCUGCCCAGCAGCAGACGGCACCCGCCGCUCCCCCCAGCCCGCCCGCAGCGACUCAGGAAUCCUCUCGACAAUCAGUUCUCAGGAGGAGCAGAACAGGUCGGAGCUGUCUGUGGAGGAAGGUCUGGACUGCAGGCCAGAGCCAGGGGAGGACGAGGGCUCCUUGGAGCUGUCUGCUGAUGACGUGAGCAGGGACAGUACUUUUGACUCUGAUUCCGAUGCCUUCUCUUCCCCCUUCUGCCUCUCUCCCAUUAGUGAAGCCCUCGGGAAAAGUAGUAGCUCUGUGUUUCUGGAUAACGAAAGCAGGGACACGUGUGACAACCGCCUGACCUGCUCCACCAGCUCUGCCUCCAGCCUCGACACCAGUGCCCACUUCCAGGAGAAUAACGGGCCAACGCAGAGCACCAGAUGGGACGAACAGCAGAAGGUGUUUGCCCUCGAGCAGGUCUGUGGUGUCUUCAGAGUGGACCUGGGACAAAUGCGGUCCCUUCGCCUCUUUUUUAGCGAUGAGGCCUGCACCUGUGGACAACUGGUUGUCGCGAGCAGGGAGAGCCAGUACAAGAUCUUCCAUUUUCACCAUGGUGGCCUGGAUAAGCUGUCGGAGGUGUUUCAGCAGUGGAAGUACUGCACAGAGACCCAUCUCAAGGACCAGCAGCUCACUGACGAGAAGACGUGUAUGCAGUUCUCCAUCCGCCGGCCCAAGCUGCCCUCCUCGGAGACCCACCCCGAGGAGAACACGUACAAGCGCCUGGAUGUCUCUGCCUGGCUCCAUCACCUCAACGAGGCCGGGCAGGUGGAAGAGGAGUACAAGCUGCAGAAGGCCAUUUUCUUUGGUGGGAUUGAUAUUUCCAUCCGUGGGGAGGUGUGGCCCUUUCUCCUGCGCUACUACAGCUACAGGUCCACCUCUGAGGAGAGGGAGGCGCUGAGGCUGCAGAAGAGGAAGGAGUACUUCGAGAUCCAGGAGAAAAGGCUCUCGAUGACUCCAGAUGAACAGAAGGAUUUCUGGCGUAACGUACAGUUCACGGUAGAUAAGGACGUCGUGAGGACUGACCGCAGCAACCAGUUCUUCCGAGGGGAGGACAACCCAAACGUGGAAACUAUGAGGAGGAUUUUGCUGAACUAUGCAGUAUUUAACCCAACAAUUGGAUACUCCCAGGGGAUGUCUGACCUGGUUGCCCCGCUCCUGGCAGAGGUCCUAGAUGAGUCGGAUACUUUCUGGUGCUUUGUAGGAUUGAUGCAGAACACCAUCUUCGUCAGCUCACCCCGGGAUGAGGAUAUGGAGAAACAGCUGAUGUACCUGCGAGAGCUGCUGCGGCUGAUGCACCCGCGCUUCUACCAGCACCUUUCCUCCUUGGGAGAGGAUGGUCUGCAGAUGCUUUUCUGUCACCGAUGGAUCCUCCUCUGUUUUAAACGUGAAUUUCCAGAUGCCGAGGCCCUGCGCAUGUGGGAAGCAUGCUGGGCUCACUACCAGACCGACUACUUCCACCUCUUUAUCUGCGUGGCCAUCGUGGUGAUCUAUGGGGACGAUGUCAUUGAGCAGCAGCUGGCCACCGACCAGAUGCUGCUGCAUUUCAGCAACCUGGCUAUGCACAUGAACGGAGAACUCGUACUCAGGAAGGCCAGGAGUCUGCUCUAUCAGUUCCACCUGCUGCCCCGCAUCCCCUGCAGCCUGCACGACCUCUGCAAGCUGUGUGGGACAGGAAUGUGGGACAGUGGCUUCAUCCCUGCCGUGGAGUGCUCUGGCCAUCACCCGGAGUGCGAGAGCUGCCCGUACGGGGGACUGGCGGAAGUGUCUUCUCCUAAACCAGGAAGUGAAGGCAAGAGAGGCUUGAAAACACGGGACGUCUUUGCUUUCCGAAAAUAGCCGGAGAGGAACAAGGCGUGACAGCGGAAGAGGGAAGGGCAGGAAGGACGUGCCUAGGAAAAAUGUUGAAGACAAAAAUGGAGGGAUAGCUUGUCAAGAGCCCUGAGAAGACUGAAAGGUGGAGGAUGGACGAGGAAUGAAAUCGUUCGACAGGGAAAGGAGAUUCCAGUGCUCUGGUGGUGGAACCUGAACGAAAUGCGUCAACGCAGGAACAGUGUUUGCACGUGCUUGAGUUUGAUUUUGUUAGAAACAUAAAGCUUUUCUAGGUCUUAACAAGGACUUUUUAUUCUGCCUCUGGGAUUGCACUGGUUUGGAACCAGAACUUUGCUACUUGCUGAUGAGAAAUGAGAACACAAGAGAGAGCCAAGCGAGAGCCAGCAGCCUCUGUGGGUCAAGUGGAAGGAGCAGGGCCGUGGCGAGGCCUCUCUGUGCCGUCCCUUCACCCACAGCAUCCCCCACACACGUGCACUCUCAGCUUCAACCAAAAUGUGCAGCUUAGUGGCUUCUCUCUAAAGCCAUAAAGACCAUUUUAAUUAUAAUCUGCCAAAAAUAAACCUGCAGACUAUUGGGAUUGCAA